UAUGGAUCAUCAAACAAUGAAACAAUGAGAUAUGAUAUCAAAAUGUAACCCAGGAAAUGAUGAACUAUGGGUUUGAUUCUUUUAAAAAAAAUGAUCCAUGGUACACAUAAAAGCCCAAUCUAUCAAUACAGUACCAGCCCAAUUAGGCCCAACAGGUGGAGUAAUUUUAUAAUCCAAAAUAACAAGACCAAGACCUCCAUUUUUCUGAGUACAGACCAUAUAAAAACCAACUGCGCCUCCAAUUUUUCCGAAAAAAAAAAAAAAAAAAAGAGGAAGAAAUUUCUGGCGGUACUUUUGACGAUCUUGUAAGUUGCUAUAAUAGUAAUACGUUACCAAGAAAUCUCACUCUUCUUCUUCGAUCAACCCAGAAAACUUGAGAAGAAAGAUAUAGAAAACCAGAAAUGGUGUUAUGGGAGAUAACAUUAGCGACGGCUUAUUUCUUGGGAUUGAAACGAACUUAUAGACUUGCUUUGAAGAUUCAACGUCGUCUUAUCUCGCAUAAACAUCUUAAGAUUCGUAAUUUUGCUCAAAGACGAACGCGAGCUGUAUUUGAUGUAGCGCUAAGGGUUCAUCGGAACAUUCAAGAUAGAGACAUACAAGUAGGUCGAAAUGUUGGGAACUGGAUCCUCAGAUGGCUCGACAAGAUGAAACCAUCAGCCAAUAUCCGUGGUGCACCCCACGAGUUGCCUCCGGGAAAUCACAACCAAGGCACUACCAUGACUAAGCAAUCGGACUAUCACCAGAAAAACGAUGGCAACACCCAGAAAUUCAGCACCAGGAGUUCUGAAAAGGGUUCUGAUAGGCAUCUGUUUUCUGCUACUAGACCUACAUGGUCUACAGCUUUUCCCUCCAUCACAAUCAUGGCGCGGCAUCCGAAGUCCGUUGGCUCCCAGUACAGGCAACUUUUCCUCAGUGGCCCUCAAUUGUUGGCACCAAGCAGUGGAAGUUUGGGAUAUGGAAGGGUCAUUAGAGAGGAUAUCAGGCUGUGGAUGCAACAGCAUUAGCCUCUUUGAUCAGCCUUUAUUCUUCCUCUUCUAUGUUGAUAAUCUGCUGAAGUCUGUUGGACUUGGACAUCUUGUGGCCAAUGUCAUAAAGUUAGAGAUAGAAACUCUUUUUUUUUUUUUUCUUUCUUCCUGUUUGUUUAUUGUUUUUAUCCCAGUGAAUCGCUGUCUCAGAAAAUUACUGUAAUUAGGUGGUGUUAACAUCGGAUUCAAUUUCAUCGAAUCUGUGAACAUGAUGUCAAUUUUGUGUAUCCUUAAGCUUAAACCUUGCA